AUGACUGUGCAUUUGCAGCUCAGCUUAUUGCAAUUCUCAUUUACUUUAACUGUAAGUCACAGUAUCCAGAAGCGAGCAUCACAGGCGGCUCUAACGAAAGCAUUCGAGCACUUCCUGCUGGAGCACCGCAAACGCACACCCUGCGACUUAGACGUGAUGGUGAAAGAGAAAUUCCUUUUUCUGAAAAGGCGCAUUUUACUCAAGGCUGCUGAUUUGAAUUUGAUGAUUCGAGAUACUUUUUAUAUUCUUCGAAUCUACUGA